UUUAAAAUACUUUUCAUUUCAGCUCCGGAAGAGCUACCAAAGGACAUUUCAGUAAAUACGACGUCUCCAACACAAAUAAUCGUAAAUUGGAAGUUUCCUCCACAAGAAACUUGGAAUUGCAAUUAUAUUAGAGUUAUUAUAUUUUAUAAUUCUUCUAAUGGAGAAAGCUUCCUUAAUCACACGGUAAAUAACAGUUUUAUCAUAAAAACGAAGCCAUUUACGAAAUGGAAUAUAAUGCUGAGAUUUGCUAACGACUUUGGUGUUGGUGAAUGGUCAUCGUUGAUAAAUGUUGUCUCCGCUCAAGAUGCUCCUUCAAAGGUGCAAAAUUUAAAUGCACGCAAUGUUACCGAUAGUCGGGUUUAUCUCACCUGGGACAAGCCUAACAAAGAGAACGGAAUCAUCGUCAAAUACAUCGUACGUUAUCGACAAGAAAAAUGGCUUCAUUCUUGCACAUCAGUUAAUAAUUCUGUUUUAACGAAAGUUGUUGACGCAAACGAAAAUUCAAUUAUCAUUGAAACUUAUCCAACUUCUAAAUACACGAUUAGUGUUUCUGCACUAACAGUAAAAGAAGGGGAAGAAGUUUCUGUAAAUGUUAUGACCAAAGAAAGUGUUCCCGGUGGACCUCCUCAGAACGUAAAAGUUUUCAGAAUUGAAGAGAAUUUCGUGGGAAUAGAAUGGAAACCGCCUGUGUGUUCUCUCUCUUAUGGAAAAAUAAUAGAAUAUCAAUACGUUUUGGAUUCAAAGGAUCCUUGGGAAAAAAGGAAGAGAAGUGGAAAAACAACACNAAUUUUAUGA